AUGUAUGAUCUAAUCGGCGUUGAUAAUCAUUUUGGCACCCUUGGUGGCGGACAUUACACCGCUUCUGCUAAAAGCUUUGUUGAUGGCAACUGGUAUGAGUUUAAUGAUUCUCAUGUGUCGAGGAAAGGCCUCAACUCCAUCGUUACGAACCACGCAUACCUCUUGUUCUACCGCCGGCGUUCAGAUCACCCUUUAGGCGGGCCGUAUCUAGCCAAGGUGACAGAAGCGGCGUACCAAAAAAACGCAGCAGACUCUGAUUCCCCCGAAGACUCCGAUGGGAACUCGGGGGAAGGCAAGCGCCUCGACGGCUCCUCCCGCAAUGGGUCGUCGAGCGCUUUAGCCGAAGCCGCAGCAGCUCACCAAGCGGGAGAUGGUGGUUUGCAGGGCGAAAUCCUCAACCAUAGUAACGCAGACGAUGAUCCGCCGGAAUACCUGGACAUUGCGCGGGGCGGAGAGACUGUCCUUGAACGCGGCGAUGGCAUAGAAGGCAUGGAGAUCGAUGGGUAUGAACGAUACGGCGCCGGCCCCAUGUCGUAUAUGGAAGCUCGAUGGUCGUUCAACAAUGUUGGCAAAGAACCGUAUUACGAACCAAACGAAGAUAUGGAUGAUGACUCGAGUGUAAAGGCCUUUGGGUCGGGGAGCGAUCGCGACGGGCAAAUCCGACCGUUGGGCAGCUCUGAAGGACCAGACCCGUUGUUCUCUGGGAUGGAUUAUGAUAAUGGGCAUCUGAAUAUUCUGAACGUGGGUGACGAUGAGGAUGAUGGAAAUCUGCCUGUGGUUGAACUGCCUGUUCCUGACGAAGAGUCGAGCAGCUAA